CUAGCAGGUCACUGCUACUAGCUGUCACGGAAACUCUUGCACCCCCAUCAUGUCUGGAGCGAGGACGAAGAAAGAUGCUCAGAGCGCACCCAGGACUCGCUCAGCCGUGACGAGUUCCAAUCCCAGACGAAGGAUGGAUCUUAUAGCCUCGGUCAGUCGCAGUAGUGGAUUGGACAAAGAUGGAGACGCAUUAAGAGAUCCAUCCACUCAAGAUGAAUAUCGCGUGUAUAUACAGGCGAAGAUUGACGAUUUGUGGACAAGACAUCCUAAAAGCUGCGACGAGAAAAAGGAAGAGCUUCAAAAGCGUGUUGAUUCCCAAGAAACCAUACUGAUCCUUCUGCGGAAGUUGCGGGAGGGGAUCGUAUCCUCGAAGAGAGCAGGGAAAUUCGCUCUGGAAGUGUACGAGACUUCUCUCGCACUCUCCGUACUGUUCGAUUCUCCUCGCCAAAUCAGUGCAAUCGUUCCCUCAUUCAUGGCGUUCAUACAACACGAGCCCAUCUCCCCGGAUCCCGAACGCUCCCAAAUGAUCGUCAUUGGGCUACUGCAACAACUGAUCACAUUUUAUCCGUCGCAACGCGAAUACAAUUCAUUCCUGCAUGCGCUGCCCAUCGCAUUGUUCACGGCGGACUGCUCCGAGCGCGUUUGGAUCACGUCUCUCGCGACUUGCUUGAGGACACGUAAUUAUGCGCAGCUGGAGCAGAUUCUCCGCCCUCCCUCUGUUCCCGUGCCCUCUCUCGAUGUCGCUUCGGACCCAAACCGACUGGCACCGCGAGCCAUCUACCAUCUGAUCGAUUCGCUGCGAGGGAAGGCAAGAGACACGUCUUGGACGAUUAUGCGGUCUGCCUACAGGGAGCUGUUAUGCCAGAAAGAUGAGCAGACGCGAGACUGGCUGCAGAGAUCUCUGGGUCUUUCGUCGUCUGUGGAUCUGGACGACUGGUUCAAGAGAACGGAACAGCUCGGGCACGUUAGGAGGAAGGAAGGGGUGGAGGAUCGCUGGAUUGUGUCAAAGCUACGAUGAAUGAACUCUAUUAGUAUCGUUUGAGUGUGAGCUUGCAUGCAUUGCAUCCCAAUCGCGGAUAUUCC